AUGGCUUCAAACUACCAGCAACCACAGUAUCCCGGCCCUUACCAGCCGCAGCCUCACGCGGUGCAGUACCAGCCCCUGACGCCACUGACACCGGACCUGAAGCAGGGCCCAGUGGCAGGAAACAGACUCCAUGAAGCCAUCAAGCUCUGGAAGGGCCGCGUAUCGCGCGUGCGUGCCAUCUCGCGCGUCAUUUCGGCGCUGCUCGACACGGUCAUGUUCGCCUUUAUGGCCUUUGUCAUCUCCGUCUUCCUCGCCACGCGCCACGACGAAGCACUGGGGCGUCCGAUCUGGCCGCGGGAUCCCAAGACCUGGCCCACCGUCAUGCUGUUGGUUGCUUCGCUCGCGACGAUGGCGGCGUCGAUCCUCGUAGCGCUGUACUAUUGUUGUUGUUUCAAGCGAGCCGCCGACAGCUGGAAAGUCAUCGUCGUGAGCUACGGGAUUCAUAUUGCGCUGUGGAUCGUGGUUACCUUCUUAUACCGCUGGGAAAAGGCUUUGGAUGAUCUAUGGGGCUGGUCGUGCACAGACAUCGCCACUGAACUGCAGGAGCGAGGGCAUAUCAACGUUGACUUCUCAAAGCUCUGUGUGAUACAGGGCGCAUCAUGGAUCAUUUCCAUCGUCGAAACCAGCUUGAAAAUUGUCUUUGCCAUCGUCAACUUUCUUUUAUAUCGCAAACUCAAGAAGAUGGAGAAAGCAAAGCGGCACCUGGCCCAAGGAGCUGGCGAGGGGGCGUUGGGGCUUUUGGAUGCGGUCUUCUAG